UAUGGCGGCAGCGGUUACCGACUUUGAGCCGUGGUUAAAUGAUAAAUUAAAAUCAUUAAAAACCGAUGAAGGUGUAUUUGGAUCUUAUAUAUCAGGAAUUUUAGAAGGCGAAGAUACCAUUGAUGAAAAAAGAGAUGCUUUAGAGGGUCUUCUGUCUGAAAUUGUGGAGCAUGAUAUAUCAAUCCAUGUCACUGAAAUAUUAGAAAAAUGGGAAUCAAGUCGCCCUUUGGAAGAAGCUCCCAAACAGGCGACAGAUGUAGACAUUCAGUUAACAAAGAUGUUGGAAUCUCAGUCCCUCGCCACUACCACGCGACGAGAAUACACAGAUGAAGAGAAAAAGAUCCGGGAAGCCAUAUUGUCGCAGUAUAGCCAGCUAUCAGAUACUGAGGCUGAUGCAGAAAAUGUGGAGGAAACUGAGAGUCCUGACCUAGUCAAGAACACCAAUGCUUUGGAUGUAGCAGCUGCUGCCAGGGAGCGCCGGGAACAAGCACGGCUUGAUGCACAGCGUAAAAAAGAAAAGGAUAAAGAGGAUAGAGAAAAGCAAAAACAACUAAAGGAAGACAAGAAGGAAAAGCGCAAAACACAAAAGGGAGAGAGGAAGAGGUAGCAACUUCUUAGUUUACAGAGUGUUUGUUGUUAGGGUGCUCCAAAUUACAUAGUAAUAGAUAAAGCUACUACAUAUUGAAAUGUAUUGGAAUUAUCUUUUAGCUG